CAGUAAAGCAUUUUCAUUCAUUCAUAAAGUAGGUAAAACUUGUUUUCGUAAUAGUUAGCGCCUGCGCCAAAUUUUGACCCUCAGGAGAUUCGCAUAUAAUAGGUUUCAAUACUUCAGUUCGUCAGCCAUCCUCCAUGCUCGCCGUGCUAUAUAGAGCCGGAGCGUCUGCGCUCGCGCCUAUUGCGAACAGAGCCGCACGCGCGUAUGACGCCUGAAUGCCUACCACUCCCGCGCCGCGACCGCAUACAGCCUUACGUUCUAAAUUCAAGUAAUUUAAAUUUUUUGAAUCGAACUCUAAUAACGUUAAACAUAUUUAGUUCUGGAGUGACUGUGGGUGUUAUUCGAAAUUUUAUAUCUGUUUUAUUUAUUUUUUGGUGAUUGGACAGUGAUGCGGACACGGACUUAGUGAUUUAGUGCAUCAUAGAAUUGAACUAUCAAAAUGUUGACCGGUUGGCAGUUACUUUUAUCGAAAUUUUUCUUCGUACCGCAGCGAUGGGUGAUGGCAGUGAUGGGUUUCCUGGCCGUGGCCAACGCGUACACCAUGCGGGUGUGUCUCAACAUAGCCAUCACUCAAAUGGUGCGACGGAAGGCAGCCUCCACCGGCUACGAUGCGGGUUCGUGCCCAGCUGAGAUUGAGGAAACCACCGCCGAUCCUAAUGAUUUAUCUGGUUUUGACUGGAACGAAGAAACCCAAGGAAUAAUACUCAGCGCGUUCUACUACGGCUACAUAGUGACGCACUUGCCUGGGGGCAUGCUGGCCGAGAGGUUCGGCGGCAAGUACUCGCUGGGCUUCGGAGUGCUGAGCACGGCCGUGUUCACCUUGCUGACGCCAUGGGCGGUCAGCAUGGGGGGCGCCACUGGACUUAUUGUACUCAGAGUACUGGAAGGACUGGGAGAGGGUACCACAUUCCCAGCAUUAAACGCCAUGCUGGCUCGCUGGGCCCCAAUCACCGAGCGGGGCCGGAUGGGCUCACUAGUGUUCGGAGGGGCGCAGAUCGGCAACAUUGCCGGCACUUACCUUUCCGGGCUCAUUAUGAAGGAAACUGGCGACUGGCAAUCGGUGUUCUACCUCUUCGGUGCUGUUAGCAUCCUGUGGUUUAUUCUAUGGUCAGUGCUCUGUUACAACGACCCCGAGUCCCACCCCUUCAUUUCCGAUAAGGAGAAGAAAUAUCUGGAGGAGGCGCUGGGCAGCCACCGAAACAGUCAGCCUUCGGCCAUCCCGUGGAAGGCAAUCUUCAUGUCUGUGCCAUUGUGGGCCCUUGUCUGUGCCCAGAUCGGCCACGACUACGGCUACUUCACAAUGGUGACGGACCUGCCCAAAUACAUGACCGGCGUGUUGAAGUUCGACAUUCACCGCACAGGGACGCUGGCGGCGCUCCCGUACGCGGUCAUGUGGAUAUGCUCCAUUGUGUUCGGCUGGAUGUGCGACAAGAUCGUCAAGCGCAACUGGAUGACGGUUACUAAUGCCAGGAAAACAUUUACAACGAUAGCAUCAGUGGGCCCAGGAAUCUGCAUGAUCUUAGCCUCGUACUCCGGCUGCGACACGACGACCGUGGUGAUCCUGUUCACUGCCUCCAUGGCCCUUAUGGGGGCCUUCUAUCCUGGCAUGAAGGUUAACGCUCUGGACCUCAGCUCCAACUACGCGGGCACCAUUAUGGCGAUUGUGAAUGGCAUCGGGGCGAUCACAGGCAUCAUUGCUCCGUAUUUAGUGGGGUUACUCACGCCUGAUAGCACCUUAGUGCAGUGGCGCCUCGUAUUCUGGAUAACCCUCGCCGUGUUUAUCGUGACAAACCUGGUGUUUGUGGCGUGGGCCUCCGGCGACGAGCAGUGGUGGAACACCACCGCUCAGGACCCUCGGAAGCAGCAGGAGGCUGAGAUGACGCGAUCCGUCAACGCGGAGAUCAAAUUGUAACUGUGGGUUGCACGAAUACGAGGGAAUUGAUUUGAAUAUUAUUAGUGUUGCCAUGGCAACGAUUUGACAGUUCAUAGACUAAUAAUAUCGUCAGAUGACAACCAAACUCACUAAUUACUAAAAAAUAAUUGAACUAAAAUCAAUCAUAAGGAAGUUAUUAAUACGGUUCACUAUGGCUAUAAACUUGUGGUGGUAAUUAGUACGUUUUGGUUGUCACCUGACGGUAUUAGUCUAAUACCGUUCGAGAAAUGGGCCCCCGUUGAUAAAAAAGUGAGAAAAAUAUUAUAUUAUCACUUGUCAUCGAAAAAAGUGACGGACAGUUGAAGUGUGAAUGUGCAUAAGAAUACAAAAUAGUGACGUAACAAUCGAGUAAAAAUAAGAUUAAUGGAGAACAUUAGCAGCUAUUGAAAUGUCGGUCAAUUACUUUUCUAGAAAACCGACAUUCAAACUAGGCCCUGGGGAGUGAUUGAGUAUGUGUGUUGUGUGAACUUAUGUACAGAGCGUUUACGUAUACCUAGUAUUAUAGUACUUAUUUAAAUUAACUUUUAUAAGAUUUUUUUACAUGAAUUGACAAUUUCAAGGCUUUAGCUAAAGUAGCUUCUUGGAGAGGGAAUUGACAAACGCGUGAACAUUUAAAACAAAAACAAAUCAGCUGAUUAUGUGAUUAAGCAUUAUACGUAUAUCGUCCACUUAAUUAAUGAUUACUACCUAGGUAAUAGGGAAAUAUAGCGUUUAAUGAUACAUUAGGUUAAUUAGGGAAUUUCUCUAAGCCCACAGCCAGUGUAGUGUGAUAGUAAUUUAAAGUAGAGACAUUCAAAAUAUCAAAUUAAAAAUAUUUAAACGGCUCUAAUAUAAAUAAAUAAAUACCUAUUAAUGGUGACAUUUCUGGUUAAAAAUACAGAAUGCAUCAUAAUGAAUGUGUGUUACAUGAAAAAUAAAAUAUUCAUUCAUUCAUAACGCCUAAAUAUAAAUUCGGGUUUCAGACUACGCGUGAGUAGCCAAGGAAAGCAACAGCGCUGAAAACAAGAAUAGUUCUGCUUGUAGGCAUAGCAUUUAACGGGAAAAAUAUCAUAAAUUAGAGAUACUACCUAUAUUGUUUUAGAUACGUACCUUAGCGAAUGCACAAAGCAUUGUAAUGCUAAUAUUAAUUUCGAAAAUAUGUCACUGAUCUUGUCAUAGAUCUAAAGAUGAUAACUGAUAAGCCCAUGCGUACAGUUCCGAACGAACGGUCUCGUUAAACAAAACAGCGCCAUCUAUUGUAUACUGCGUAAACUGUAUACUGGCCAGAGCAAAGAUACAAUCAAGUCUCUUUGGCCAGAGACAUACACGAAAGUAAUCUGCACUCUCGCCUCAAAAAAACGUGUCUAGAAAAAUUACUCGAGGGAGACCUUAGUCCCUUUCUUUCUUAAAGGAAAAAUCUGAACAAAUAAAUAUAGUUACGUGUUUAUAAUUAAAAUAUUUAAAGCACAAAGAAUUCGUACCGUCAUUAAGUAGAACAGAAUGAUGAUCUUGGUAACGUUAUUUUAUUUUCACCUCAGCAGCUUGAAAAUCAUAGGUUAUUUGCUAAUAGCAAAUACUAAACAAUUAAAAACCGGCUUUUCUUACUAUGCGUAGUUUUGAAAACAAUUUUAUCUCACGCGAUUUGAUUUAAUAGUGCACGGUAUUUUUAAGAUUGUAUAAAUUUGCAAAUCCUAUUAAAAAUGCCGUGUUCAAAAAUUGUUUGGUACAGUCAGCGUCAAAUACUUCGUAGCAGUCAAAGUGGCCAAAUAGUUCGGUACACCAUACUAAAUAUAUGGUGUACCGAACUAUUUGGCUACUUUGACUGCUACGAAGUAUUUGACGCUGACUGUACCAAAGGAGAACAGAAUUAAUAGAACUUUGUGACUGAGUUUCUCGCUACGCUUGUGAAUCUGUUAAAUAAUGUUUCACUUGAUCGGGACUUGAAAUUAGCUCUCGCACCCAAAACCAUAUUUGCUCUCUUGUUGCACAAACAACUACACAUUAUAUUCUGCAAUAAAUAGAAGUAAGUUAACAUCCACCUGUUUCAUAACUCAUAUAUGAAGUAUUUAGAAUUAUAGUAUUAAGUGUUUCUUUCCUAAUUGUUGUAAAUAUGAACUAAGUUAUCUUAAUUAUGACUGUUAUAAAAUAUUUCUUAAGAGUAUAAAUAUGUAUAUGUGUAAAAAAACAAGUAUUAUGAACGUGUACAUGUAACCGUAACCCCCUUUAUGCAGGCAUGCAAGGGUGCAUGUUGCAGAAUGUACAUGGAAGAUCUGUUUUGAAUUAUAAUAACAAUUCGGAUUUGAAUAUGUUUUAAUUUAACAAAGGCACUUUUAAAUUAUGUAUGUAUGUACCUACCUGCCAAUGGUUUUGUUUACAUAGGUACUUAAGAAAAUUUAUCACUAGGGCUGUGAACAUAUUUGGGUAAGGUAUUUUUUUUUAAUUGCCCUCAAAGUGCAUUUGUGCCAUUCUAUAGGUAUUAUUAUAAACGGAUGAGUGAGAUAUUCGAACAAAAAGGACAAGGCAAAAGUACAAUAUCAAGAUUAAUCUGUUAAAUAAAAACAUUGCUUGAA